AUGCAAGCGAUGCAGACAAAACACUUUGUAUUUGUGAGCGCAAAGCAAACAGUUAAGGUCAAGUCGAACAGGCAGAGUGAAAAUCAGCAACUGGAGGUGACGACGUGGCAGCAGAAAUUUGAGCUACCAUUUCAAGAUCUGCAUCCGAAGUGUGAUGGGAAGAAACAGGCAGAAGCAGACGAGAUAGACAGUCAGCUGUAUGACUCAGAGAAUCUGGGCGUCAAUAUCUGGGCAGCAGGGAUGCAAGAAGCAGGUGAUGUGUUUGUAGAGAUCACAGAAGCAAUGGAGAAGAAAACUGAAACCAUCAAUCAGCUCAAGCAGGAGAAACAAGCAGCAGAGAAACUGAAGAAUCAGUUCAAGUCCAAAUGUCACGAGAUGAUCAACUCUGAGAAGGAUGAAAUCAUUCAGAAGCUGACGGAAACAUUUCCUACACUGGAAUCAAAGUGGAAGAAGAACACUGAUAUCAUCAAACAGCUCGUGCAGGUGAAACAAAAAGCAGAAGACCUGAAGAAACAGCUGCAGCCCCAAACUCAUGAGUCUGAGGAGAAAACUGAAACCAUCCAUCAGCUCCAGCAGUUGAAACAAGCAGCAGAGAUCCUGAAGAUUCAGCUGGAGUCCAAAAAUCAGCAGAUGAUCAAAUCUGAGAGGGAGAAGGAUGAAUUCAUUCAGAAGCUGAUGGAAAUAUUUCCUACACUGGACUCAAAG